AUGCUGGGAGGCUUGGGGAAGCUGGCGGCCGAGGGCCUGGCCCACCGCACUGAGAAAGCCACAGAGGGGGCAGUUCACGCAGUGGAAGAGGUGGUGAAGGAGGUGGUGGACCACGCCAAGGAGGCUGGAGAGAAGGCCCUUGCUGAUGCCCUAAAGAGAGCCCAAGAGUCAGGGGACAGAGUGGUGAAGGAGGUCACUGAGAAGGUGACCCACACCGUCACCGACGCCAUUACCCACGCUGCAGAAGGCCUGGGUAGACUGGGGCAGUGA